AUGCUGAAGUUUAGAACAGAGGGUUACAACGGCUACUCCGUCAAAUACUCCCCGUUCUUCGACGAUCGGAUAGCGGUCGCGACCUCAGCAAACUUCGGGCUUGUUGGGAAUGGCAAGUUAUUUAUACUUGGUUUGACUCCACAAGGAAUCAGAGCGCAAAAGACAUUCGACACACAAGACGGUCUGUUCGAUAUUGCAUGGUCGGAAUCGCAUGAAAACCACAUCCUCACCUCAUCUGGUGACGGCUCCUUGAAGCUGUACGACAUCACUCUCAGUGACUUCCCAAUUCUCACUUUCCACGAACAUACUCGAGAAGUCUUCUCAACCCACUACAACCUAAUCGAGAAAUCCACUUUCCUUUCGACAUCAUGGGACGGUACAAUCAAAGUAUGGGAACCACAGCGAACAACGAGUCUGUGGACAGGCGAACAUGGGGGUUGUGUAUAUCAAGCAGCGUGGAGUCCACAUCAUCCGAGUAUACUGGCAAGUGUUAGUGGAGAAGGCUCAUUAAAGACAUGGGAUCCGAGAACGGGACAGCAAGCAGCGAUGACAAUACCGGCACAUCAGGGAGAAAUCUUGAGCAUGGACUGGAACAAAUACCACCAGGGAGUCGUGAUGACCGCGUCAGUUGAUAAGUCGGUCAAAUCGUGGGACCUCAGAAAUCCAGGCCGGCCAUUACAAGUCUUCCUUGGACACAAAUAUGCCGUACGGAAAGUAUCAUGCUCCCCACAUGAUGGCGGCAUGUUCCUAUCCGGAGGUUACGAUAUGAGUGUACGAUUAUGGCAAGCGGAUCAGCCGGGUGGGAUGCAGAAGGUUGGCGGAAACGAGAUAGGAAAGAUGGAUGCCCAUAGAGAGUUUGUCAUGGGAUUGGAUUGGAGCCUGUGGGGUAAAGGAUGGGCAGCGAGUACGGGUUGGGACGAACACGUGUACGUGUUCGACGUCAAUGGUCCUGCUGUACAGAAACGAUGAAUCGACAUGGAGUCCGAACAGACCGAUCGAGGAGUCGGGCGACGCUCCAGAAGGACUUCUCCGUUUACGGCAACCACACCCGACUACGGAGCAGUAAUUUUACAUGAGCCGCACGCGUUAAACGUGGUGUCUCCUCGAAUUGGGGCGCAUAUAUUGGACGAGCCAACCCAGACAGGCUGUAAUACCAGUCCAAGGAUAGCAAAUAGGAACUUCACGUCAGACAG